UUUAUUCAAUUACAAUAGUUUAAUUAGUUUUGUUUGUACCACUUACUACUAGAUUUAGUGCGAAACAGUGUUUAAUGCACCUGCUGCCUGGAACGGAUUCAGGGUCAAGAUGGCUACAACGGAACCCAUCAGCGGAUGUCGACUUUGUUUGGAUCCGUUUGCAGAGAGCUGUACCACGAUCGACAAUCCUCAGUUCAAGGAAAAGAUGGAGAAGGUCUUUACUUUCCAGAUCAACACAAUGAUCGGCAUCCCCGCCGGUGUAUGCCAGACCUGUUCCUAUACUAUCGCCGACUUCUAUCAGUACUCGGAAAAAGUACGGGAAAAUCAGCAAAAUCUCAUCAACUUGCCAAGCCACCUCGGAGCUCCUUUGGACUGUGAGCUGUUAUGCGAAGAGGUUAAAGUCGAACUCAACAGUGAAGCGGAGAACGAGGAAUUCUCCGACGAAGCACACCCAGACUUUUCCAGUGAUAGUGAUUCGUCGUAUGAGCCUCCUCGGAAAAAGUCUCAAAUCAAAAGCCGGGCUAGCGCAUCAAAGAUAAGAUGUUCCGACACGUCACAAGAUCAGACGAAGCCACAAAAAGCGACAACGCGCUCGACGGCAACAGAAGACCUCGAUGAAGAAGAUCAGUUCCUCAAGGAUCAUUUUACCAUGACCUGCGAGCUGUGUGGUGCAACAGCAUCGACGUUUCCAUUGUUACGGGAUCAUUUUCGCGCAAUGCACGCUCCCGAAGAACCAUAUGUAAUGUGUUGCGACAAAAGGUUCAUUAGGCGGUACGAUUUGUUGCAUCACGUUAAAUGGCACGUCAAUCCGAAUGCUUUCCAAUGUGAGCUGUGUCAGCGACAGUACAAGAGUAAAGAUGCUCUCGUUAUGCAUCAACAAAUCAAGCAUUCUAAUAAAUCGGUCACCACGAGAAGUGUUGAGCCCGGAAAUACACCGAUAGCAACGGUUAAAGAGGAUGUAGAAGAAUCUGUGACAGAUGCUGCAGAAGAACAAUCAAAACAAUGCGACGAGGAAGAAAAGUUAGCCGAAGAAGACAAGUACCUCAAACAACAUUUCACUAUAACUUGUCAACUAUGUGGUGUGACGGUAUCUACCUUCCUACUGCUGCGUGACCAUUUUCGAGCAGAACACGAGUCUGAGGAACACUACGUGGUAUGCUGUGGCAAGCGAUUCACACGACGGUACGAUCUCGUGAAUCACGUCAAAUGUCACGUCGAUCCAAAUGCUUUCCAGUGCGAGCUUUGUCAGCGACCGUACAAAAGUAAAGAGGCUCUAGUUGGGCACCUAAAAAACAAACAUGAUGUCAUCAAGAGAAAGUAUAAACAGAGAAAAGCAUCGCUAGAGGCGGCUAUAGAGAAUGCAGUAAGUGAAGGAUCUGUAGCAGAUGCAACAGAAGACCAACCUGAGUUAUGUGACGAAGAAUCGAAAGAAUCCGUUGAAAAUGAAGGAACGUUGGCUGAAGAAGACAAGUUCCUCAAAAAGCAUUUCACUAUAACUUGUCCACUAUGCGAUGUGACAACAUCAACCUUCCUACUGUUGCGUGAUCAUUUUCUAGCAGAACACUCGUCUGAAGAACACUACGUGAUAUGCUGCGACAAGCGAUUCACACGACGGUACGAUCUCCUGAAUCAUGUCAAAUGUCACGUCGAUCCGAAUGCUUUCCAGUGCGAGCUGUGUCGGCGACAGUACAAGAGUAAAGAGGCUCUAGUUGGGCACCUAAAAAACAAACAUGAUGUCAUCAAGAGAAAGUAUAAACAGAGAAAAGCAUCGAUAGAGGCGGCUAUAGAGAGUGCAGUAAGUGAAGGAUCUGUAGCAGAUGCAACAGAAGAUCAAUCUGAGUUAUGUGACGAAGCUUCAGCCGAAAAUGAAGGAACGUUGGCUGAAGAAGACAAGUUCCUCAAAAAGCAUUUCACUAUAACUUGUCCACUAUGCGAUGUGACGACAUCAACCUUCCUACUGUUGCGUGACCAUUUCCUAGCAGAACACUCGUCUGAAGAAUACUACGUGAUAUGCUGCAACAAGCGAUUCACACGACGGUACGAUCUCCUGAAUCACGUCAAAUGUCACGUCGAUCCGAAUGCUUUCCAGUGCGAGCUGUGUAAGCGACAGUACAAAAGUAAAGAGGCUCUAGCUGCGCACCUGAAAAACAAACAUGCCGUGAAACAUGUCAUCAAGAGAAAGAAUGAACAGAGGAAAACAUCGAUAAAAUCGGCUAUAAAGAGUACAGUAAUUGAAGACUUUGAUGCAACGCCCGUAAAGCUUACGACAUCAAUAGAAACCUCUGUUGCAGAAGCAUCAGCUGCUCAGUCGAAACAAGGAAGCAACAGAUCUAAGAGAAAUGAAGAAAUGGAUCAGUACAUAAGAGAUCACUUCACUAUGACCUGCGAGCUGUGUAACGCAAUAGCGCCGAGCUUUGCACAGUUAAGUGACCAUUUCCUCGAAUUUCAUCCUGCAGAACAACCAUUUGUUAUGUGCUGCAACAAGCGAUUCAUUAGACGGUACGACCUGUUGUACCACGUCAAAUGGCACGUCGAGCCGAAUGCUUUCAAGUGCGAGUUGUGCCAGAAGCAGUACAAGAGCAAAGACGCUCUGGUUAUGCACAAGCAGGUCAAGCACAACAGCGAUCUGGUGUUGUUGGAGAAGAUAGCACCAGGCAACAAGGCGAAGGCAACAGAUUCAGAUGUUCAACCGAAGGAACCUGACACGGUGAAGCGAAAAGGACUACGUGAGCAGCAGGACGAAUUUAUAAGCAAACACAUCAAGCUGAAGUGUGAUCACUGCGGUGCCACAAAACCUACAUUUUGUGAGCUGCGCAGCCAUUACCGUGUGGCGCACAAGACCAAUCAUACAUAUGUGACGUGUUGUGGCGAAAGGUACUGCAAACGUAACCUCCUUAUUAAGCAUCUCGAGGGCGAUGGCCACACUGAAAGCUGUGACGAGCCUGAAAUCGAUGUUUCAACCGAGGUUCAUCCAAAAAUAGAAGAGCUGACAAUACAGGAUGUGCUAGAAGAAGCUACAGCUACUGAAGAAAAUGCAGUAGAGGAACACUUAUUGCCUUGGGGCGACUUUUCUCCAGAGGUUCAUCAACCGGAAGAGUACGAGGAAAAAAAGGCAACUCAGAUUGGGGAGACCGUUACUACAAACUUCUUUUUGGGCGAGAAUGAAUCAGCGGAAAAAGAGACGGAAGUGAUAAGAAAGACUGACGACAGCGUGGCGAAGCAGAAAGGUCUACGGAAUCGGGAGGAUAACUUCAUAAGUAAGCACAUUACAUUAACGUGUGACCAUUGCAAUGCUGUAGAACCGACUUUUACUGAGCUGCGAAACCACUUCCGUGCAGAGCACAGCAGCAAUAAUGUAUACGUAAUUUGCUGCGGCGAAAAGAUCAGCCAACGUGGUCUUCUAGUCGAACACCUCAAGAGUCACGCCAGCGUAAAUAAUUUCGCAAAUAAGUUCUGUAACUCUUUGGACAAACCUCCGGGCGACACUUUACCCGAAAAACAAACGAAUCAAGAUGAGCUAACAACACUGGAUGCCGUAGAGGAAGACUUCCCAGCUGAGGUAUCAAAUGCCUCAAUUCCAAGUGGCGGUUCCGAUUCAGAGACAGAGACAGACACAGGAACCGUUUCAAAAAAGAAGAAAGCCCUAGACCAGGGCGACCAGUUUCUUAGUGAAAACUUCACUAUGGAAUGUGACAUCUGCGGUGUGGCAGCAACGACAUUCUCGCUACUACGGAGACAUUUCCGUGCGAAACACAAAGAUAUCAAAGUGUACGCGAAAUGCUGCGACAAGAAGUUUGACAGGCGAUGUCUACUCUUGAAUCAUGUGAAAUGCCAUGUCGAUCCGAAUGCCUUUCAGUGCGACCAGUGUCAAAAACGGUACAUGAGCUACGAUGGUCUUGAAUUGCACAAGCGUAUCAAGCAUGGACUGGAGAUCGAGAAGACAACCAAACCGGAAAGCAGUGAUGGUGAAUCACGCAGAAGGCGACCAAAGGUAAAGGGUAUGCGAGACCACCAGGAUGAGUUUAUCAGUAAACACUUUGAAUUGGAAUGCGACCACUGUGGAAUUACGAAGUCAACCUUCGCAGAACUUCGCAGCCAUUUCCGUAUAGCGCAUGAUACCAAUAAUGUUUACGUCAUGUGCUGUAAUCAGAAAAUUUCCAAACGUGGGUCGCUUAUCGAACAUCUGAAAGGCCAUGGUAGUUCAAAUGCCCAGGAGAAUGACCGGAAUGAACGAGCUACGGCAAGCGAAGAGUCCUCCGAAGAAGGCGCAGAAGAUCAAGCCGAUAAGGAAUUAGUUAGAAAGCAAGAGAAGGAUGACGAUCAGUUUAUCAGCGAAAACGUUCGUGUCGUUUGCGAGGUUUGUGGUGUAACAGCGCAAACUUUCAGCGGCUUGCGCGACCAUUUCCAAGCUGAACAUGAUAGCCAAAAUCCAUACGUAAUGUGCUGCCAAAACAAAUUCUUCAGCCGACAAGCUCUCGUGGACCACGUCAGAUAUCACGUUAAGCCGGAUGCUUUCGAAUGUGAGUAUUGUCAUCGACGCUACUUGUGUAACGAUUCGCUCGUUCUUCACAAACAGAUUAAACAUGCGAGCGAAUAUCAGAAGGAGUUGGAAGGAGCAUUACAAUCACAGUCUGUAAGAACCAAGAAGAAUGAGCAAAAAGCCAAUGAAGAUCAAUUUCUUAGUAAACACUUUACACUGACUUGUGAGCAUUGUGGCGCAAUCGAAUCAACCUUUGGAGAAUUGCGCACUCACUUCCGCCAGGUGCACCAAUCUUACUAUACCUACGUAAAAUGCUGUGAAAGGAAAUUCUUCAAAAGAUCUCACAUCGUCCAGCACAUUGAAGAGCACCUCAGAACUACCGGUCUGCUAUGUAAGAAGUGUGGCAGUAGCUUCUCGACCAAGGAUGACCUGACGGCACACACACUGAACUGCACCAUACCAGAUGAUGUACCCUUGUAUAAGUGCAAUCACUGUCCACAGCAGUUCGUACAGGAAGAUGCCCUUGAUGCGCACAUGGAACAACACAAGCUACUCGAAUGCUCCGAGUGUAAAAAGCGGUUCCUGAACUCCAUGUCACUGAACACGCACACGGCCAAAGAGCACAGCCACAAGAGUGAUCAACUGUACGUUUGCGAGCACUGCGGCAAGAACUUCGUCAGCGAACUUGGUUUGAAACGGCACAUAGACUACGCACACUUGGGAAUCGAGGCACCGCGCAUCCAGUGUCAGAUCUGCGAACGAUGGCUGAAGCGUGGAACGUACAAAUCGCACAUGGAUUAUGUGCACGGUGCCCGAGAUCGGGUGUACGAAUGUGACAUUUGCCACAAGGAGUACUCCCACCUGCGGGCUCUGCAGAAUCACAAGAAGCAAACGCACGCGGUGCCAAAGUUCAAGUGCGAAUUUUGCAACAAAAUGUUCCGUCAGAAGAUGCCCUGGGUGGAACACAGAGCGACCCAUACCGGGGAGGUGCUGUAUUCGUGCGAUCUUUGCGGGGAACCGUACCGAGGAAAGUCCAGUUUAUACGCGCACCUGAAGAAAAAACAUGCGACCGAGUGGUCCGAGAGGAAGCAGAAGAUAUGGAAGGGAAUACCGGCGAAGGUGGUAAAGUAGAACCGUAAUGUUGAAGAUGGAAUGAAUGUGCGUGU